AUGCCUGUGUCUCGGCCAGUCGAUCAAUACCCACACGGGACGCCGACGCCGACAUUGACCUUCCGACCCCCAUUGAACCGCGACCUCCAAUCCAGCUUCUCUGCAUCGGUUUUCGAUGAUUUUAUGACGCCGCCUAGCGCAGUGGCCGGAGAUCUGGCCACGGUGGACUCAUUCCCAUGGCGAGAGUACUGCCUCGAUGACUCUUUCACUGCCCCUGCCACCGACUGCGCCGGACUGUCAUAUCAGUCAAUGGACACAACUCACUGCGAACAAGCAAUGUGGCCAAUGCCCACCGGGCAUUCAUCUCUGGCCAACCUUGAAACACCUCAAGCUCGUCCCGGCUCGUCUGCUAGCACCGCGGCGCCAGAAUCGCUCACUCAUCGCGGCUAUGGGCCCGGGUUGCGCAGUUCCAGUGCGCUGGGCAUCGGACACAUCGACAAUGGCUGUGUUCGGCGCAGCUCAUUGCUUUCCAGUCGAGUGGAUCUCGCUAAGUUCGAAAACGUAGAGAGUGGGCAAUCAUUCAUGUCGACGACCGAGUGUGACAAUGCACCAUCACCGUCCACCACCGACACCUACAGCAACGACCCGCGGACCCCUGGAAGCAGCCGGCAGUCUGACAGUUCAGUGCAUGUGCAAGACGAGCGCACGCACGACAAUCUUUUCCUCGAGCACGCUGUUCCCAAGCUCGACUCUUCAUUCGGACCCCUGUCCUCAAACCCCUUAACUUCGGCAAGUGCGGCGACACCGGCUUAUGCACCAGCGUUAUGCUCCGCAUCCUUCGGUAAUAUGACGCUGGCAGCUGCCUUCCACACGCAGUCUGGUCAGUGGCCCACCAUCGCAAUGCCGACAUCGAACACCUACCACCCACACGGGCAUCCCAUGCCCACUGGCAUUCCGGAUUUCACGUCCGCCUACGUGGACUUCCAGAGCGUGCAGCCGGCUGCCAUACAGCAAUUUCUGCGUCCAGAGGCCGGUGUGAUCCAGGGCUUUGGCGAAGGUCGUGAGGAGGACUGCUCCGAGUCGUUCAGCGAGGGUAGCUCCGACAUGGAUGUUGAGGACAACGUCGCAGAAGACAUGAACGAUCGAGCCCUCCAUGACGCGCAUGCUCGUCGCGCCCGUGACAAGUACCUGCUCAAGAUGAGGAACGAAGGCUUCUCGUACAAGGAGAUCAAGCGCAUGGGCAACUUCCGAGAAGCAGAGUCGACGCUGCGAGGCCGGGUGAGGGUAUUGACCAAGGAUAAGACUGAGCGUGUCCGUCGGCCAGAAUGGACUGCGGAAGAUGUUCGCCUUCUCAACCGAGCUGUCGCUCGCUUCUCAGGUCAGCAUGGCCGUGGUCGUGGUCGAGACAGUGGUCGCUUGCCAUGGAAGAAGAUCAGCGAGUACCUGGCGCAGGAGGGGAGCAGCUAUCACUUUGCUGCCGCGACCUGUGCCCGCAAGUGGAAGGAAUUGGGAGCCAAGUGA